AUGCCUCCUCAUGUGCGACCUGGGCGAGGUCCCAAGCCUCAAAGGAACGGUCGUACCGAACAGCGACAGCAGAAGCGCAAGAGAAACCAGGAAGAUCUUCAACAACUCGAGCAAAGAGUAGCUGAAUUGGAUCCUAAAUCAGAUACCAUCAAGAACUUCUCCCAUCUUCCUCUCUCCGUACCGACCGCCGAGGGCCUCGAGGCCUCUCAUUUCCAGACCCUUACCGAUGUCCAAGCUGAAGCCGUUCCGCUCGCCCUCAAGGGCAAAGAUGUCAUGGGUGCCGCCAAGACAGGAAGUGGAAAGACACUGGCUUUUGUUAUUCCUGUCCUUGAAAAGCUUUACCGUGCUCAAUGGACUGAAUUCGAUGGUCUCGGUGCACUCAUCAUCUCGCCAACCCGAGAACUCGCUGUACAAAUUUUCGAGGUGCUCAGAAAAGUCGGCAGACAUCAUAGCUUUUCAGCAGGUCUAAUCAUUGGUGGCAAGAGUUUGAAAGACGAGGCUGAGCGAUUGGACCGAAUGAAUAUCUUGGUCUGCACGCCUGGUCGUAUGCUGCAACAUCUUGACCAGACGGCUGGUUUUGAUGCCAACAACCUGCAGAUUCUAGUUCUGGACGAGGCUGAUCGCAUUAUGGAUAUGGGUUUUCAAUCUGCAGUCGAUGCUUUGGUUGAGCAUCUUCCUAGGGAGAGACAGACGCUCAUGUUCAGUGCUACUCAGAGCAGGAAGGUCUCUGAUCUUGCCCGUCUCAGCCUGAAGGACCCCGAAUAUGUUUCCGUUCACGAAGCCGCCGCCAGCGCCACUCCCACAAACCUUCAACAACAUUACAUUGUCACACCUCUGCCAGAGAAGCUUGACACACUCUACGGGUUCAUCAAAGCCAAUUUAAAGAGCAAAAUCAUCGUCUUUUUGAGUUCAGGCAAACAAGUCAGAUUCGUCUAUGAGAGCUUUCGCCAUUUGCAGCCAGGUAUUCCUCUAUUGCAUUUGCAUGGACGCCAGAAACAAAUUGCUCGAAUGGAGAUUACCUCCAGAUUCACUGCCGCAAAGCAGACGUGCCUAUUUGCAACAGAUGUCGUCGCUCGAGGAAUUGACUUUCCCGCUGUUGACUGGGUUAUUCAGGCUGAUUGUCCCGAAGAUGUCGAUACAUAUAUCCACCGAGUUGGUCGAACAGCUCGAUACCAAAGCAAUGGUCGCGCAGUGAUUUUCCUGGAUCCAAAUGAAGAGCCAGGCAUGUUGAAAAAGCUUGAGCAGAAGAAGAUUCCCAUACAAAAGGUGAAUGUCAAAGAGAAGAAGAAGAAGAGCAUCAAGGAUCAACUACAGAGCAUGUGUUUCCAGAACCCCGAUCUCAAGUAUCUUGGUCAGAAGGCUUUCAUGAGUUACGUACGAUCAGUCCAUCUACAAAAAGACAAAGACGUUUUCAAGUUCAACAAGCUUGAUCUUGAUGCCUACGCUGCUAGCCUUGGUCUUCCUGGUACACCACAGGUCAAGUUCCGAAAGGGCGAGGAUACCAAGAAGAUAAAGAAUGCGCCUCGUGCGGGUAUGUCUAGCGGCUCUGAAUCCGACGAGGAUGGAGAGAAAAAGACCAAGAAGAACGAGGUGCGGACAAAGUACGACAAGAUGUUUGAACGAACGAACCAGGACGUUCUGUCUAGUCACUACAACAAGCUCGUACUUGAUGGUGAUGAAGAGGAUGAGGAGGACUUUUUGUCUGUGAAGAGAGUUCUAAGAGAUGGCGAUCUGGAUGAUGAGGCAGAUAAUGCAUACAAGAGCACAGCAAAGAUUAUCGAUGGUCUUGGCGGAGAAGAACCAUUUGUUGUCGAUUCUAAACGAAGAGAAAAGGCUCUCAAGUCAAAGAAGAAGAUGCUCAAGUUCAAGGGCAACUCUACCAAGAUGGUGUUUGACGAUGAUGGCAACGCCCACGCCGUGUAUGAGCUCAGGGAUGAGGAUGAUUUCAUGGGAGAAGGUCCAGCCGAGGAACAGCGUCGCAAGUUCGUCGAGGACGAAACAAGCCGUGUUCGCGAAGCAGAUGUCGACGACAAGGCCCUCGCCAAGCAAAAGCGUCGCGAGAAGAAGGAAAAGCGCAAGGCUGCCGAGCGAGCAGAGCGCAUGGGUAUCGUUUCAGACGACGAAGAUGCCCCCAUGCUGCACAAUGCCGACGAUGGCGAAGAUCCUUUGGCACUAUUGCGAUCGCUGCCCGUGGGCGACGACAGGUCAGACAGCGAGGGAGACAGGGAACCGCCAAAGAAGCGGGCCAAGAAGUGGUUCGAGGACGAUUCAGACGACGAAAGGGAGAAGAGCAAGAGCAAGAGCAAGGGAAAGGUUAUCAGGGUCCAAGAAGAGCCCGAGACUUUGGAGGAUCUCGAGGCACUUGCUACAGGACUGUUGGAUUAG